CGGCGUGUCAGUGGUAAGGUGAUUGGAGUGUAUUUUCCUGAAUAAAGAUAACAGUCUGACGACAAUUGCAAUGUGGCGCAAGUUGUUCGCCUCCGUCCCUGCUUUCAGAGCACCGAAAACGCCCUGUCGGAGUUUUAAAAACAGCAGCAGGAGCGCUGAAAAGGACUUUAAUAAAGAGCUGGAAGCUCAGUUUCGGGCAUUUCGGGAGAAAGCGGCCGCGGCGAUGCCCGGCAGUGACUGGAGCCCGUUUGAGUUGACCCCUGGCCUGCCCCCUGAGAGGGCCGAUGUGGUGAUUGUAGGAGGGGGAGUCGUGGGAUGGUCCAUCGCAUACUGGCUGAAGAGGAAGAGUGUGAGGGACAGUCUGAGAGUGCUGGUGGUGGAGAAAGAUCCUACUUAUUCUCAGGCGUCGACUGUGCUGUCAUGUGGUGGAAUUCGGCAGCAGUUCUCCCUGAAAGAAAACAUCCAGCUGUCAAUGACUUCGGCUGAUUUCUUGAAGAACAUUAAUAAUCAUCUCUGGGUGGUAAAUGAAGACCCCGUUGAUCUGCAGUUUAAUCAUUCAGGAUAUCUCUUUCUCGCCAGCGAGAAAUCAGCUCAUAUUAUGGAGGAAAACUACCGCACUCAAAGACACGCUGGUGCGAAGGUCGCCCUCCUGUCACCGUCCCAGCUGAAGGAGCGAUUCCCCUGGAUAAACACAGAGGGUGUCGCUCUGGCUUCCCUUGGACUAGAGAACGAGGGCUGGUUUGACCCCUGGUCUCUUCUUAACGCUCUCAGACGCAAGGCUGUGUCUAUGGGAGUCUAUCAGUGCUUCGGAGAGGUCACAGGUUUUAGAUGCUCUUCAAAUGUGGCAGAAAUCGCAGAUGGAGACUUUGUUGAUGUCAAAAGGAUCAAAUAUGUCAAUGUGCAGAUGCCCAACAGUCUGGAGUAUCAGCCCGUGGAGAGUGCCAUUGUGGUAAAUGCAGCAGGUGCAAACUCAGGGAAGAUCGCCGCCAUGCUAGGCAUCGGAUUAGGCCCGAAAGAAUCCAUAUCUGGCAUUCCGUUUCCUGUGGAGCCCAGAAAGAGGUUUGUUUAUGUGGUGCAUUGCCCCGAUGGACCAGGGUUGGAUACUCCAUUUCUGAUCGACUAUUCAGGGGUUUACUGUAGGCGAGAGGGACUGGGAGGAAAUUACAUCACGGGAAUGUCACCAGAGGAGACAGAAGAACCAGAUAUCAGUAACCUUGAUGUGGACCACGAGUUUUUUCAAGAGAAGGUCUGGCAUCGUCUGGCCAAUCGUAUUCCUGCAUUUGAACAACUGAAGGUUUCAGGCGCGUGGGCUGGAUUUUACGACUACAACACCUUUGACCAGAAUGGCCUUGUAGGACUGCACCCUCUAGUGCACAACAUGUACUUUGCCACGGGCUUCAGCGGUCACGGACUACAGCAGUCUCCUGCGGUCGGACUCGCCGUGGCUGAGCUUAUUCUGGACGGGGGCUAUAAGACCGUCAACCUCAGUGCUUUUGACCUUAAACGGAUCUUCCUGCGGGAGCCCAUACUGGAGAGCAACAUUGUGUGAAGACUGAAGAGCACA